CAAGUAGACGCCAUCUUGGAUUUGGUCGAUGCCAUUGUACAGACAGGAGGAUAUGGCCGAUAUGACCCAACAUACACACAUUUGGAAAUUUGUCUGGCUUUAACUGGUACCCCAACCGACCAUACAGUUUUGACCUCCAACCCUAACAAUUUUAUCUCGCUCAAACAGACUCAAUCCAGUAUUGGGAUAACUUGCUCAUUGAAUGCAAACAAGUUAAUGGGCGAACAAACAAGGCAGUAGCUGUAAGCAUCCCUCUGAUGACUGCUGGUCUGGUGACUAUUCAUGAUGUCUGCAGAGGCCAGUGGUAUAGAGAGUGUUGCAGUGAAUGGAAACAUGGAGGAGGGACCUGACCAUGCUGAUGGUAAAAUAGAGGAUCCAGAUAAUCACCGUAUCAAUUCCAUUAAAAAGUUUAAAGAAGCAAUGUCACAGAAUGGGUCUAGUGAGAAUGCUGACAUGCCUGAUGCAUGCAACAGAACUGCAACAGUAGAUGACAGGAUAUGCGACAAUUCCAAGGAGAAAACUGUCAAAGAAAAUGGUCUAAAUACUAACAGUGUUUGCAGUGACGAGGUAAAUGACAAGCACACAGAAGUUACUAAAUGUGGAAAGUCAGACGACCUACCAGCAGUAGACCCUAUGGAAAAUGUGGACGAGUCUAAAAUCAAGGAGGAUGAAAUGGAGGUUGAUGAGAGCAAAUCGGAUAGUAAUGUGAAUGAAUCGCCAAUGGAAACAGAUAGCAAUGAUACAAAAUGUGAAGCGGAAGAAUGCCCGCAAGCAGAUAACUUUAAUAACCAAGAAAUAGCAAAACAAACAUCAGAAGAAAGUGUUCAAAACAACAAGGGUGAUGAAAGUAAUAAAGAAAACAACAUUGCCCAAGAAGCAAAGGAGGAAUCCAGUGUGGAAAUGAUCAGUAGUACGGAACAAAAAGCUUCCAAAGACGAACAAAAUUCUUUAAAAAGUGAAAAUGUUGCACAAGAUUCCAAACCUUCAUCUAACAACGAUACCAAAUCUAGUGAAAACGACAAAAGCGAAGAUAAAUCUGAAAAGAGUGGAUUUGACAUUAACAUGACAAACUGCAAUUCUGAAAUAUUUGAUGAAUCGAAGAAGAAAGAAGUGAAAGACAGUUCUAAAGAGGAAGCGUCCAUAGCAAAGGAAAGUUCAAAAGAGGAAGGUCCCAAAGAAAAAGAUAUUUCUAAAGAGGAAGACUCCCAAGUCAAGAAACAGGGUAAUUCUGAAGAAGAGCAAAGCAAAAAGGAUGCCAAGUCCAUUGAUACUCUGACUGAUGAAGAUGGUUCAGAAUUCAUCAUCACAAUUAACGAGGAUGACAGUGGUAGUGAGAAAGAGGAAGAGGUUGUUAAGGAUAAAGCUAUCACUCAGCCUCGGCCAGAAGUACCGCCACCAGUAAGAGCACCUGUAAAAGCUUCAAUACCAAAUAUACUACAGAAAUCUGAUGCCAAAAUCAGCGUGUCUCUACAAAGCUCCAAAUCUCUGCAGCAGCAGCAGUACAUACUGCCAAACGCAUCACCGAACCAAGUGGUUAGUAAGACACAGUCGAAGUCUGCUCAGGGUGGAAAAGUACAGUACUACCCCAUACACCUUCAAACAACAACAGGAACAUCUCAGUACAUGCAGUCUGUAAUGGUUGCAGGAAAGUCCGUCCUUGUUCCGGUUUCGUCCUCUGGCAUUGCUGGAACUUCAACGCAAUACUUGAUUGACCCAAAGAAGUCCAUCAUGUCUAAGAAGCCAAUAAUGACAGCUAGUUUGAACGCUAAAGCUAAAACAUUUACCUCUCCACCUGUAACUCCUGUAAAACAAGGGUCUGGCCAAAAACAAGAGACAUACAGUGUUCAAAAGGGCAUUGAAACAAUAGAAAGAGAUGCUGAUCUACCGUUGGCCAGCUGGGAAAUGAUCGAUCUAGUCAAAUGGGAAAUUGCAAGUCAUAAACCUGACAACACCUUCUGGAUGGGAUUAUGUAACGUCAACAAGAAAGCAGAGUUAAGUGCCCCUUCCAAGUUUCUGUUUGAUCUUGGAAGCGAUAUAGUUAAGGAAUCUGCUUACAAGCAAAUCACUCACGUACAAACUAAGAAAAAGGAAGCAGGCAAAUUGAAUGAUGUAGAAAAGGAGAAUCUAGAGAAAAUGAAGAAAGUUGUAAAAGAAUUGGAGGAUAAACUUUCUCACAUGGCAAUGAAGAAACAUAAAUGUAGUUGUGGUUUUCAGACAGAAUCUGAAAAUGUUAUGAACUUUCACAAGGAACAUCCUCACAUGCAGCCACCAUUGAACCCCCAAGGUUCAAUGACUUGUGCUCACUGUAAUUUUGAAACAAAUGACGGAACAAAGUAUUCCUUUCACAUGGAGUCUGAACACAACAAGGUUGGUCGUGUGUACAGUAAACCGGCCUUCUGGCAAUGUGGCCUAUGCUACUAUGAACAUAAUAGUAAAAACAAGUUGACAAAUCACAAAUGGAAAUGUAUGAAACAUUUCAAAGCCAAUCAAAAUCAGGCCCCGCAUCACACAGACAUCAACUACUGUUUGAAAAACAUAUAUUACAAGUACCAAAUCAAGAAGCCGCCGCCGCCACCUAAACCUCCUGCUGCUAAAGUAGCUCAACAACACAAUCACAACACGCGGCAUAUCAUCAAGCCACCUACAUCAAUACAACCCCGACUGGCACAGGGACCUCUGCUUGCUAAUCAAUUACAACAGAACAACUUUACUCGACCAUCAAUACGUGCUGCAACACAAAUUCCAGGGGUGGUCUACAGCAACCAGGCAGCAGCACUAGCAAGUCGACAGCAAAAAAAUCCUCCUCGGUUUCCACAAAACAACCAACCUGUGAGAAACCCUAUGCAAGUUGUUGUACGGCCACCUGCUACAUACAAAGGAAAUACUACAGUUAAUCAGUUGCUUAUGCGAGCCAAAGGUCCCAAUCAACCACAGAAGCCUCCACAGAAGCCUCCCCAAUCCAUUGCUAAAAAGACGGUGUCUCAACCGGCCAAACAAACAGCAGGACCAACAUUUGAAGUGUGCGAAAUAUGUGGAGGUUACGUGAAAGACAGAAUGUCGUUGAGAAUUCAUUUUUUCUAUGCGCACAAAAUUGACAUACCACAGCAUGUUUUCAAUCGGGACGUCGCUCCCCUCCUGUGUGAAGUAUGUAAGAGUAGGUUUUGGACAACACAGGGAUUGUCCAAACACAGACUAGCUACUCAACAUUCUGCUGCUGCACCUAAACAGCCAUCGGUGACAAUCACUGGCGACAACACUUGCUGGAUUUGCCAUCAACGCCAGGCAAAUCUAUACACUCAUCUGCUCCAGUUUCAUCGACUUAGCACUGGGGAGUGUAUGAUGCUGAAACGCUGCAUGUUUUGUGGGAGUUUGUCCACCAACAGGAAGGAUCUCGAGAUUCACAUGGCUGCUGCCCAUGGAGUGCUUAUCAAAGGAGCAAACAACCCACCAAGCACACCUGCCAGACCACCUCCUGUUAAACAACCUGCACCCAAGACAGUUGUGGUUGGACCCAAAACCAGUGUUACUACUACCGGAGGUAAAGGAUCUGGACUUGUGAGGAACAAUUUCUGUGUUUUCUGUUGUAAACAAUUUGCAGACAACACACAACUUACACUGCAUUGUCUGGGCACCCAUGCCACCUGCAGCAGUUGCGGCAUGGUUGUGGCUCAGAACAGUGAUCUCAAGACCCACGUUUGUCGCUCUGGCUCAGUCAGAAACUGCCCAAUGUGUGGGGUCAAAAACCUUAAACCUAAUGCAUACACAAGACAUAUUUCAUUAUUUCAUCUGAAGAAAUGUGUUGUCCGUCUGAAACGGAUGUCACAGAAACAGAUAAAGGAGGCCACUCGGAAAAAGGAACCAUUGUUGCCUGUGGCUGGUACAGUGGUUAUAGAUUUGCGCCCUCCUGAAGAUAGGAAACGGUCAGCAUCUGAAGAUGAUGAUGGUGACAUUUAUGUGCCAGGCAUUAAACGAAUGAAGCCAGACGAGGAAACUGAGGAGCUAUCUCGUGAUAAAAUGACUGAUGAUGCUAAAGUACAAGUUGAAAAGAAAUAUAAUGAUCAAGCUGAUGAGGAAAUGAAGGAUGAAGCUGGAGAGCAAGUUAAAGUUCAAAAAGAAAGUACUGAGCAAGCUGCUAAGGAAACGACAGAUGAAGCUAGUGAGCAAGUUAAAGUUUUAAAAGAAAGCAAUGACGAAACUCCUGAGGAAAUGAAGGAUGAAGCUGGAGAGCAAGUUAAAGUUCAAAAAGAAAGUAAUGAGCAAGCUGCUGAGAAAACGACGAAUGAAGCUAGUGAGCAAGUUAAAGUUCAAAAAGAAAGCAAUGACGAAACUACUGAGGAAAUGAAGGAUGAAGCUGCAGAGCAAGUUAAAGUUCAAAAAGAAAGUACUGAGCAAGCUAACGAACAGUCUAAAGAUGAAGUCAAUGCUCCAGUUGAAGAGAUAGAAAAAGUUAGUCAGACUAAAGAUGAUGGAAAUGGUGACAAUGUAGCUCCUCAAUAACCCUUUGUGGCAUUAUAGCAAUUUAAUUCUUGACAAUUAUUUAUUGGUGGUGAGGUACUCGUCAUUGUUUAUGGCGUUGUUGUCAGCUAACAUUGGAGAAGCAUUUCUAUAGAUUGCAUCCGUUAGAUUUAUGUGUAUAACACAUGAGUUCAGGGAUUUUUGCCAGACAUUUAAAGGGCCCAGUAAAGGGAACCAUUGCUGAUUAGAUGUUAGCCCUGUAUUGUCCCAAUUGCAAACUACCUGUAAAUUUGUCCAACCUGUCAGUUGAUCUUCAUAAAUUUCUAAAGAAAAACUGAAACUUUUCAACAGCUUAUAUAUUUUGUUGCAUAAUUGAGUAAAAGCAAACAAUUAAAAUUGGGAGUGGUACUAUUUUCUUAAGUUUUAGCAAAAUGUUCAAAUAUUCCCAAUUUUUGGACAAAACCACUGGCAAAACCCCUGGAGUUUCAUGAUUACAAUUUACACAUGUUGAUAUUCCACCUUUUUUUCAACAAUUUAUUGUUUGUACCAUCAGACUCGUGUUACUAAUAAUUAUAAGAGAGUGGCUGAAACCAUACAUGUUAUUCUUUCAUAAAUGCAAAGUAGAGCUAGAAGUACACUAGUAAUUCUUACCUAUCAAAGAAUCAAUGGUAUGCAUAAUGCAGGAAUUGUUAAUCUGGUCCUUGAUCAUCGUUUCCCAAUGCUUUGUCUAAUUUUAAUCCUGGAAUUUGAUAGCAUUGGGCCAUUUAAGCAAUUGUUAGUCAAUAUCAAAACUAAGAGGGGCCAUUGUAUGUAAAAUUUAAAGAAAAUUGGAACAUGGAGGGGUCAAUGGCCCCCUCCAGAAUUAUCCCUGUUGUCUGGUGUAUGAUAGAAUAUAAAGAAAUGUCUUGAGCACAGGGACCUGAGAAUUUGUUACAGCUAUAUUUGGACAUAAACUACGGUAUUCAGAUUAAUUUUACAUGUUUUGAGGUUUAGAUCAACUUUUUGUAAAAAUGACAAGCCCGCACAAGUGAUACACAGUCAAAUUGAUUAGUUUCAAGGGAUUUCAAAAUGAAUUUUUUUGGGAAUAGUUCUUAAAAAAGUAGUGUGGUAGCCAUUAGCUUUACUAUCUUCUGUGACAGUGCGAGGCUUCAGCAGUUGAUGAAUGCCUUUAUCUUCGAUGAUUGUCCGAGUAAGAAUUGAGAUUUUUUAAACCCACUUGAAGGAUGAUGUCAUGUAUACUUAAUCUGAAAGUCCCUUUACAUGAUACUAAGUAUUCAACAGAAAUAAUUCCUCAUAAAUACUCUACAAUUAGUAACGACUUUCUGAAUAGGUUUAUUUUGUACUGAUGUUUGUUGUACAUGGUAUUUUGCUGAGACAAUUUCCUGGCUUGUCUGCAGCACUGUAAGCAUUAAAUGGACCAUUUAAUUGGCUAUUGGAAUGCAGUGCAGUGACCUUAAAAUUGUUUACCGGUACCUCAAUAUCUUCCAAAGAACAGCAAAAAAGAAUGUGGCCUACUGGAGUUGUCUGGACAUUUUGCCACAUUGUAAUAGGUCAAAGUUAAUCUAAGGAAGGAUGAGGGAGGGUACUUGAAAUCAUCAUUCUUGUGUCGUAACACUACAAUGUAAGAGUAAGAGUAUACGUACUUUGGUACUUUUACACCUAAUGUCCAUAAAACCUCAUCAGUUUCAAUUGUCUCCUUUGUGUAAAUAGUUGAGCCUUGUUAUUUUGAACUUGGAAAACUUGAAUGACUUAUUUUAAUGCAUGUGUAUACUUCCUGGGAUAUUUAAAUGUCCAGUUUAGAUUACAGUUAUGCACUCGCUAAUUUUGAAAUUGCAAGGUCAACUGGAAAUGUGCAUGUUUGUUAUGUGUCAUAGUAAUUUUCUGACUUUUUCCUCAGAUUAAGAUGUGCGUGUAUGUGUGUGGGUGAACUUGACUUUAAUUUGUUGUUUUAUAUAAAUAUAUAUAUGAAUAUACAGCAUCAUAACAGAUUUUUUACUUCAAAUAAUUGUUUAAAAACAAAUCUAUUAAAGAGAUAUAUCUUCAUUGCCUUAUUCUUGUCUCUACUCGGACAAGGCUCUAUUUAUGAUUAUGUGUUGUUCCUGAUGAAGAAAUGUUAUUGUCAUGUAAUAAAUUGAAGCAUUUUGUAUACAGUUACAUUUUAGCAAGUUAGUUUCAUGAAAACCUCUACCUUGUAUCUUUUUUCUUUUUUUUUCUUCUUUUUUUUUUUAUAAAAAUGUAUAGACUGCUUUGUUGGUGUAGUUUUAAGUUGGUGAUCCACUUUAACAGUAGCUAUUCUCACUGUUUCAUUAGUAACCUAUAGUACUCAAUAGAUGGAAGUUCCAAACAAGGCAUUCUUAGUAAUAACUUAUUUGUUAAUGCAGACACAUUUGUGUUAGUUGGUAUAACAUACAGAGGUCUGUCUGUAACAGUCAAACAAUAGAUACAAUUCAGGUGUUAAAAGUCUGACAAAAAUAUUAGAAGUGUUAAAUCUAAACAGUUGAAGCAUUUAACAUUUCGUUAUCAAAUGUAGCAGUGUUUACUUUAAUCACAUCAGAGUCUACAGCACUAAGUCUGUAAACCAAAAGUAUCUAAAUUUAAACCAUACCAUAUUUUGAAAGUCACACAAACUUAAGUUGUUGCGUUAUAUGGUUUAUAUGGGUCUCAAAACCGGAGUAGGUUAUGUUUUAAAACUUUCAACAUAACAAGACUUAUAUGUUGUGCUGUAAGAAGACCUAGGCUUUAUGAUAAAAUAUCUCACAAUUGAGUCUCCUGUAGAGUUCAUGUUCUGUAUGGUUUAAUAUAAAGUACCCAAUGACAGAUUGUGAUGACAAUUGUAAACUUGAUGUGAUGUUUUGCUAUAAAAUGAACACUGAAUUUUUCAAUGUAAUCCUCUAGCUAUGGACAAGUAAAAUUUGUACACCUGUACAGAUCUACUGAGACCAAGCUCUUAAUUAUAAGUAUUAACAGAAUGAUUUUAAGAAAAUUGACCUAAAGGUCUGUGUUAAAUAAUCUAAAUCUAUCAAUGUAGCCUUUUAGUUCUAAACGUCUUUGAAAGACCUUGGCUGUUAAUUGAACGUCAAACCUUAUACAUGUGACAUCAGUUGGAUUUCACCUAUAAUUCUUUGCAUUUGCCAGAAUUCUUCAAAAUACAAAAUGAAUGUGAUAGAAAAAAAAAGGUGCCAUACCUAGUAAAAUAUGCAGUGUGGGUAGAGAAGAGUUGGAACCAGCUCAAAAUAUCUUCCGUCUUAAAAGUGGUAUCCCUGAUGUAAUCUACUGUAUUUGUUUGUAUAUUUGUAUGGUGUAUGUUGUAUAUUUAACUCUCUACCUUGUGUGUGCGACUGUAGACCGGUUACAUAGUACGUUUUGGUAGAACUGGUCAUAAAAACCUUCUGUAGUGCUCACUUCAGUGAAAUUGGUGUUGAAUAUUGUUUCAGUUCCAAGAGAAAUUUCUCUGGUAAACGUAGAAGAUGUUUAUUUGAUGGUACAUUGUAAUAAAAAGCAAAUGCGUAAAUAUAUGUCAAAUCUCAAAUGACUUCUAUGUUAUUAUUAACUGUCAUUUAUUGUAUCUGCACAUUCUCAUUCAUGUUACCUGGAAUUCUUGUUACAAAGAAAUAUUGACAGUGUUUGAUGACUGACCUUGGUUUCCAGU